AAGUCGUUCCCGCAUCACAUUUAGCAAACCCGGGGUUUAGUGCAUGGUCUGCAAACAUGAGUCCAUCAUUAUGGUUUCGGGACGGACGAAGCUCGCUUCGAAAGCGUUAGCAUGGGGGAUGUGACCAUGAGCGAACGUGGUCGGACCCACUGCAACGGAUAUUGGUGAAUAUAUCUUGACAUCCUCCUGCACCUCAAGUCUAUCCAUCCUGCAACCUGGGUUUGUGUUUCCUCUCGUUCGGAAUCCAAUCAGACAAGGGCCAACCAUGGCCUUAGAAAAGAUCGAGCAAGAGCAGCUCGAGGUCAUAGAGAAUUCUGCUUCUUCUCAAGUCUCGGAUGCCAUUGCCGAGAAGGGGGUUGUUCACACCAACAACUACAUUCCGAAUGAAGCAAGGGAUGAAGAUGUCGUUACUUUGAAGACAUGGAUGGUUAUUGUCGUUCUCUCGGCAUCCUAUGGCCUCAGUUUCUGGGUCGUGACGACUCUUGGUGCUAUUCAAGCCCAAGUAUCAACUCAACUCGGAAAUCCGGGCAACGCAGCGUGGUGGACGACCGUGUAUACCAUGUGCACUGCUAUCUCCUUCAUGGUAUUUGGUGGUAACUCAGAUCUCUUCGGUCGACGAUGGUUUGUCAUUAGCGGAAACAUUCUCGUCUUUGCUGGGUAUAUCGCCAUCGGUUCUGCAAAGAACACUGAAUCAAUUAUUGGGGGUUGUACGUCCAUCGGAAUGGGAGCCGGUCUCUGUCAGCUAAGUGCUUUUGGCAUUCCAGAAUUACUUCCAAAUAGACUUCGUCACAUCGGUGUGCUCAUUGCAGAUGCAAGCACGUGGAUUGCUGUUCUUUUUGGACCUAUUGUCGCUCGCUACGCCAUUCGACACGGAGAAUCAUGGAGGUGGCUCUUCUACGCCGCUGCAAUAGGGACUUUCAUCGUCUUUUUUCUUCUCAUCUGGCUCUAUCACCCUCCGAAACAUCCUCGUGGUAUUCCUUGGGACCAGGCUUUGCGUGAAUUGGACUACUUGGGAGCUGUCCUCUUCACAGCUGGCGCUGUCUGCGUUUUUACUGGCGUCAUCUACACAACAAUUAUCCCAUCAUCCGAUCCGAAGGUCAUUGCUUUGCUGUGUGUAGGGUUCGCUGUGAUUGGAGUAUUCGCAUCUUAUGAGCGCUUUGCUCCACUCAAGCAAGCGAUGUGUCCACCUGACAUCUUUGCCAAGGAUAAAGGUCGCGAAUUUACAUACCCAUUCAUUGCCGGCGUGAUCGUAAAUAUGUUUUUCUACAGCGUCAACAUCGUCUACCCAACCUGCAUCAACGUUCUCUGGACCACAGCCUCCACACCCUUAUCCACCCAACUCGAAUACACACUCCCACAGAACCUAGGUCUCAUAUUUGGCUCUAUGCUCCUUUGGUUCUUCGGCAUCAAGAUCGGUCACUGGAAAUGGCAAUUCAUCGCCGUAUUUGGUGCAAUGACCCUCUUCGGCUCUCUUAUGGCGCUCGCCAAACCAGAUAAUAUGGCCAUGAUCAUGGUAUUCUGCUUCAUCUGCGAGGGGGCAUAUGGCUGGGCCCAGACUCUGAGUAUUACCUGGAUUCAGAUGGGUGUCCCACAGACACAGUUGGGUAUCUCGGGUGCAUUGGCCGGUGUGGCGAGGUGGACUGGUGGCGCAUUGUCGAGCUCGAUUUACCUCGCCAUCCUUAGCAACGUGCAGAUCGAACAAGCCGGCAAGCUGAUAUCAAAGGCUGUCGCUGCCACCGGAGGUUCGCAGGCAACUGCUACGGCUCUCAUAUCAGCGAUUCCGCUUGGCGCAGAAGCGAUUGCUAAGAUCCCUGGAACGACGGAAGCGAUGGUAGCAGCCGCGGGUGGAGCCUUCGUUCAGAGCUAUGUUGUUGCCUUGAGGACGGUCUGUCUGACGAGUAUUGCAUUCGGGGUUGUCGGGACGAUUUGCUGUUGCUUGAGUAACGAUAUUGGGCCGAAGAUGAACGACAAGAUUGAGGUGUUCUUAGAGAAUGAUGUUCAGGCUGGGAAGAAUAGGUUUCAUUAAAGUCCAUCUGGCUUAGAAGGAAGAGGGUGGCCAGCAAAUUGGAAGUAUCUGGCACAGCAGAAUUAGAUUUAGAUCCGAAUGGUGUGACCAUCGCUACUUCUAUAUAACAGACUAGAUGAUUCCUGAC